GGAGGGCCCCUUGCGGCUGUGGGACGGGAGUCGGGGGCUGGGGAGCCGCAGGUACGCCUGUCGCGAGGACGCCUCUGCGCUGGACGGUAGGAGGUUGCCGUGGGAACGGCGGGGGCAGCGCUCACGCCCGCGCACGCUCAGGAGCGUCGCCGACCAAUGACGUACUUGGCAGGCGCGCGGGCCGGCCUGGCCGUUGGCGCCCAUGGAGCCGGAGCUGCUGGUUCGGAAGGUGUCUGCCUUGCAGGCCUGCGUCCGGGGCUUCUUGGUCCGACGCCAGUUCCAGAGCCUGCGAGCUGAGUAUGAGGCGAUUGUACGAGAGGUCGAGGGCGACCUGGGCACGCUUCAGUGGACCGAGGGCCGCAUUCCCAGGCCGCGAUUCCUCCCAGAGAAGGCAAAAUCCCACCAGACCUGGAAAGCAGGAGACAGGGUAGCAAAUCCAGAGCAGGGGCUGUGGAACCACUUCCCAUGUGAAGAGUCUGAGGGAGAGGCCACCUGGGAGGAGAUGGUGCUGAAGAAGUCAGGAGAGAGCUCAGCAAAUCAAGGAAACCUCUGCAGAGAUCACAGCUCCUGGCUUCAGAUGGAGCAGAACAGGAAACCCAGCCAAGAGGAGACCAGAGACACGACAAGGAUGGAGAAUCCAGAAGCCACAGAUCAAAGACUGCCCCACAGCCAACCUCAGCUUCAAGAGCUUCAGUACCACCGCAGCCACUUGGCCAUGGAAUUGCUGUGGCUGCAACAGGCCAUCAAUAGCCGUAAGGAGUACCUACUUCUCAAACAAACACUGAGAUCCCCAGAGGCAGGCCCGAUCAGAGAGGAACCCCAUGUGUGCCUUGAACAUGGGGAACAGGCCUGUGAGAGGGACCAGUCACAACCAAGUGCACCACUGGAGGACCAGUCCUACAGAGACGGGACCACUGGACAGGUAGAACAGGAGGAUGACUCCUGUCACAGGGUCAGAUCACCCCACAGAUCCCCAGGAAGUUUGGCCACUACACAAAAAAACAUUGCUGGGGCUAAGUGCAGAGAACCAUGCUACAGCAAGUCUGGGCCACCAUUGUCUAUACCAUCAAACAGCCAGGCCUUGGGGGACAGGCUCACCAAAGGGCCAGUCGAUGGAAGACAGACCUUUGGAGGGACCUGCCUGCUGCAGAUGAAAAUCCUGGAAGACCAGACCCCCAGAGGCUUAAAACCUAGGGACCAUUGUCCCAGGAAGUCCAGAACACAGCUGUCUGCACUCUAUGAGGACUCACAUAUUAAGAUAUCUCCCAGAAAACUAAACCACAAAGAGCCUGACUGCCGAACAGCCAGGACACAAGAGUUGGGCCUCUCAGAGGACCACAUCAUCUGGGAUGGUACCUUGGCGGGGCCAGAGCACAGUGUCCUCCAUCUCUGGAGGACUAAACCACCCAAAGGCCAGGCCCCCACUGAUAGAAGCUCCAGAGAUGGAACCUCCAAUGAGCCUAGUCAUGAAGGACGGAAAAGCCAGAGGACUAUACCAUGGAGAUCAAAGUCACCUGAGAUCUUGUCUUCUAUAGCGGCAGGCUGUACAGGAGAGGAACAAACAGGACUACCUGGCUAGACCCCAGGAAGCCAGGAGAGGAUCAAGUUCCAAAGGGGAACGCUAUGAAAGGGCAGUGAGACAAGACCUCAUCCUACCUCCCUGACCAGCUCUGGCUUCUGCUCCUGCCCCUGGCCAUUGGUGGCUAGUGGGGCCAAGAGAAGCUGGAGCAGAGAGCUGGCAUGAGUAUAGGGAAGGAGGAAGGACACGCUUUCAAUCCUCUGCCUGUGGCUCAAUCCAAAUUUGUGGAUAAGGGGCCAGAUGCAGUGGCUCACACCUAUAAUCCCAGCAUUUUGGGAGGCCAAGGUGAGUGGAUCACCUGAGGUCAGAAGUUUGAGACCAGCCUGACCAACAUGGUGAAAUGAAACCCCAUCUCAACUAAAAAUAUAAAAAUUAGCCGGGCGUGGUGGUGCAUGCCUGUAGUCCCAGCUACUCGGGAGGCUGAGGCAGGAGAAUCGCUUGAACCCAGGAGAUGGAGGUUGCAGUGAGCCAAGAUGAUGCCACUGCACUCCAGCCUGGGCUACAGAGCGAGACAGUCUCAAAAAACAAAACAAAUUUGUGGCUAAGGAGUUACCUGGGGGAAGUGGAAUGAGAGGCCUGUUGGGAAUAAAGGUUUUUCUUAGAUUCUGA